AUGUGCAUGGAUGAGAACUGGGAAGCGUUGACCCGUAAGGAUUAUAAUACCUUACACAGCCUGGGGGUUCUAUAUGGUCGCAUUCACGGUUUCUUUUGCGAGGGCAAAAGGGACACUGCUAGUCUGCAAAGACAGAUUCGUCACUUCGCCAACUCAUACCCGGUCAAGCAAUUGGGCUGCGGCCUCUCGACACCGCUUCCUCUAGGUGCCUGGGCCUCUUUGAAAGAUUUUAUUCUUCAUGACCAAGAAGUUUCCAAUCUUCCGAUCAUCGCCGAUCAUGUCGGAUGCGCGACGCCUACUGAUAUUGGAAGCUCGAGCCUUGAUGAUUUUGUUCAGCUGCUUCAUGCCGACAGGAUCCAUCUUAAGAUUUCUGCGCUAUACCACCGAUCUCGAGGGAGUAUUGUUGACAUGAAACCCAUCAUUCAACGAUUUGCGGAUAGCGCCCCCUCCGCACCGAUAUGGUGCAGUGACUGGCCUCAUGUGGAUGCCUCCAGCCGAAGCCCAGACGAUCAAGUGAUACCCAGAACAACAAACCCCAAGAGAGAUCUUGUGCUUUUGCAAGAUUGGCUCUCAAUUGAUCAAUCUCGAAAAAUGCUGGUGCACAAUCCAGAGCGUCUGCUUGGGCAUUAA